GGGAUGCUGGGACGGUUCCUCCAUUAGCGUGGCCCUCUGAAGUUGUGAAGCCCUCUGAGCAUUCUGCAGCCAUGUCUGAAGGGACAACUCCACCAACUCCUACCUUGGAUGCUGCACAAAAGCCCAGCUCCCAUCACAGGGGUCCUACGACAGGAGAGACCAAAGACAUGGCAGGCAAGAAAUUCCAGGACCCAUUAGAAAUCAUGUGGCAAAUGCUGAAGGAACGUCUGCAAAGAAGGCAAGAAAUGAAAGGAGAGCCUGUGCAGAAGGAAGCAUUUCCCGGAGGAAGCAGUGGUUCCGUGCCAGCCUCUGCUGCAGGAAGGGAGGCCAUGCCAGGCACAGACACAGGAGACGGGAAUCGUGACAUGGGUUUUCAGGAAGUCCUGAUGAAGGAUGGUUUGAAGUUCCUGGGGAAUGCUGGAGCUGAACCUGCCGGUGAAGGUCCCACAUCCAGGACUGAGGCUCUGGGAGAUGCUGAGGGUGUGUCUGCAGGGAGGACUUCUCAAGCUCCAGGGUUGGAUGCUUGGCCCCAACCCAGCUCCCAUGGCAGGGGAAAGACCCAAGUUUUUGCAGCCAAAAAGUCUCAUGACUCAGAUGAAUUCCUGAGACAAACACAGAAGGAAGCACCUGGAGGACAAGUGAUGGACCAAAAGGCUGUUCAGGAGGAGGAACACUCAGGGAGAAGCAGUGGCUCAUUGGCAACCCCUGCUGCAGGAAGGAAGGCGAUGCCAGACACGGGCACAGGCACAGCAGAUGCAGCUGGCACCACAAGACCUGUUACCGAUGCCCAGGAUGGCCUCAGAUGGGGUUUCUGUCAGGGAACAGUCUGCUGGCUAGGGUUACUGGCAGGCGUCCUUUAUUUGGAGCUUGUCUUCAUGUUCUGCUGCUUUGGAAUCUGGUAUUCUUGGAACAGAGAACAGAGCACCUCGGGACAGGAGUUGGAAGACGGUGGCUGCACCUCACACCCAGACAGCGUGAGCAGCCCCUCCAGCAGCAGGAACGGCCUGGACAGCCCUCUCAAGUGUUCUGUGAAGAGGACCCCAGAACAACCGUCGACAAGGAAGCCUCUUAUUGCCCCGUAGAUCUCACUGCCACCUGCUCUCCCCAUGGGCCUCCCCAAGCUGCCUUCAUUCCUUUUUUUCUCUGCGUCUGUCCCAUCCCAGCCAUCCCAAAUUACUCUAGAGACCCCAGGACCAGCCCAGCAACCUCCAGCCCCUCCUCAGACCAACACAUCCCUCCCUCUGCCCCUGAGCCCUUGCCCGCUAAGCAACACUGAAGGUGACACCCCACCCCUCCACCCCCCCUUUUGCAGAGUAGGCAAUGGCCCAUUCCUGUGUUGAAAUAAAGAGAUGGAUUUGUGUCCUAGUUUGAAAGCAAAACCAGUGAGAGGCUCCAAGUCAGAAAUACAAUUUAUUAGGAAACGGGAAAAAAAACCAAAAUACAUGCAAUAAUACAAAAGAAAAACCACUGACAGGGUCAGAAUACAGCCUGACACCCUGCUACUUAGGGUGGUGGUAGCAGUCCAGAUGAAAUGGACUUGUGGAAGUGGUGAUCCUGUCGAAACA